CAGAUUUAGCCAGUCCUCUGUCUUAUGCUGUACAGAUCGUAGGCAUGAGUGCUACUCUUCCGAAUUUGGAGCUUGUGGCUUCUUGGUUGAAUGCUGAACUCUACCACACCGACUUUCGUCCUGUACCACUGAUGGAGUCAGUAAAAAUUGGAAAUUCCAUAUAUGAUUCUUCAAUGAAGCUUGUGAGGGAAUUUCAACCCAUGCUACAAGUGAAAGGGGAUGAGGACCAUGUUGUUAGUUUAUGUUAUGAGACCAUUCGUGAAAACCAUUCAGUAUUACUUUUCUGUCCAUCAAAGAAAUGGUGUGAGAAGCUGGCAGACAUCAUUGCCCAUGAGUUUUACAAUCUACACCAUCAAGCUGAAGGAUUGCUAAAAUCAUCUGAACUUUCACCAGUGAUACUGGAACAAAAGGGCCUCCUUGAAGUGAUUGAUCAGCUGAAACAUUCGCCUUCAGGACUGGACUCUAUAUUACAAAAAACUGUACCAUGGGGAGUAGCAUUUCAUCAUGCAGGUAUCCAUAUUUAUAAUCUGUUAAGAAGCCCCCUUCAAAAAUCCUCACAGUUUCUUCAUUUUUGUAUUAACAUGCUUUGAUUUCUUAUUAACCACACUUAAUACUCUUAGAUUUCAUUUCAAUAAAUUGUAUGGUUAAGAUUAAGCAAGAGUAAAACAAAUAGGUUUACUUAUCU